AUGAGCACAUUUGGAGAGGUCCUGAAGGAGGUUGGGGAGUUUGGUUUGUUUCAGAAAAGCUUACUCGUUGCGUUAUGCAUACCCAGCAUAUUCUCUGCGUUUGAUGUGGCCAGCCAGGUGUUCACUGGAAUUAGCUAUCCACAUCACUGUAACACUGACUGGAUCUUGCAGAGAAAUCCAAACCUGACUACAGAGAGGCAAAGAAAUCUCACCAUCCCUGUUGACAAGGAUGGGAGGUAUGAAAAGUGUAAAAUGUUCACUCCUGUGGAUCUGGAUCUGGAAACGAUUGAAGAGUAUGGCCUUAACAGCACAACUGGAUGCAUCAGUGGCUGGCACUAUGAGGCUCCACAUGGAGUCUCCAGCCUCAUGACACAAUUUAAUCUGGUUUGUGACAAGAGUGGUUUAAUUGAAGUGUCACAGUCCAUCUUCAUGGCAGGGGUCCUGGUCGGCUCAUUGGUGUUUGGAGCAAUUUCUGACAGGUUUGGCAGAAGAUUUGGGAUCCUACUUUCAGUUUUAAUCCUGCUGGUGUUCGGUGUAAGCACAGCUUUCUCACCCAAUAUUUACAUCUAUAUGGUUCUGAAGUUUUUCAGUGGGACUGGUGUCGUUAUAAUGAACACAUUUGUGAUGGUGGUGGAGUGGACUGAUCCUUCAAAAUCUGCUCUCUGCACAAUGUCCAUAAUGAGCUUCUUUUCAGUAGGACAGAUGAUUCUGCCUGGUAUUGCUUAUCUGAUUACAAAGUGGUGGAUACUGCAACUGGUUCUCUUGAGCCCCCUCGUCAUUGUCCUGGUCGUCCUGUUCUGUUUCCUCCCAGAGUCAGCUCGGUGGCUCAUGUCUCAGGGCAGGAAGGAGGCGGCUCUGAAGGAGCUCCAGAGAGCAGCCAGAGUUAAUAAAAGGAGCGUAUCAGGAGAUCUGCUGGAUAAGGUCAAUAUGGAGACUUCCCCAAACAGAAAAAACAUGAUGGACAUCUUCCGAAUAACCUAUUUAAGAAAACGCACUCUAAUCAUGGCUUUGAACUGGUUUGCAGCAACUAUUCUUUUCUAUGGACUGAGCCUAAAUAUUGGGAGUUUUGGCCUAAAUAUCUACCUCACACAGCUCAUCUUUGGUUUUAUUGAAAUCCCUGCAAACCUGGCUGGCCUGACCCUGAUUCAGCGCUUUGGGAGAAGAAUAUGUCAAGCAGGUUUCCUGUUCUUUGGUGGAGCCUCUUGCUUGGUGGCCAUUGCUGUUCCCAAAGAUCUUUCAGUGGUGGUGACAGUCAUUGCGAUGCUGGGAAAGUUUGCUGCCACAGCUGCCUGCAGUACAGCCCAUGUUUACACAGCUGAAUUAUACCCUACAGAUUUAAGGCAUAGCGGCAUAGGAUUGAAUUCAAUGUUUGCUCGUGUGGCCGGCAUCCUCUCACCACUGGUCAGGCUCUUGGAGGUCUACCAUUACAGCAUUCCCAUGGUGGUUUAUGGCAUCAUCCCGAUGGCUGCAGGCUGUUUCUGUUUGCUGCUACCUGAAACACUCAAUGUUGAACUCCAGGAUAUCACUGAGACACUGUAGGUUGAAUGCAACUGUUAUUUUGACAAGAAGUGACAUUAUAUAAACUAACUCUAUGGUAUGUGCUCCUUCCUGUUUGUACUUAAUAGAAACUCAGAGGAUGAAAAACUGCAAGAUCAAUGUUGUGCUAACUGAUAGUUGUGCUGACAGAUUCCCCCGAAGUGCGGAUGUCUGCAUCAAUCGGCCAGUUUAGGUGUACAGCCUUGUGUUGGUGUGUAGUCAUCCUAAGCAAGCCUACCUGUACUUUAAACGUCUAUACAACCAUCUCAGUCUGCUGUGUUCCUUGGACUCAAUGAAGCUUUUAAAUGCAAUUCAUUGCAUUACAUCUAGGUUUAGGCCUUUAAUAAAAGGGGAAUGAGUAGAAAAGGUGAUUUGAUUUGUAGUUUUAGAGACCGAAAAACAGACUGC